AUGCCUGCAAGCUCAGAAUCAUCUCAUGUUGCUACUUCGAAGUCUCCUAUUCAGGAGCAGGCUUCAGGCACCAAAGAGAGAAAAAGGAAGUUAAAAGAGAAGCUCCCGAACCAACCACCACCGCAAAGUCGAAGUCGUGCGAACCAGCCACCACCGUCGCUGGAGAGCCACCAUCCAUACGAAGAGUUGUCUUCCCUCCACCCAGUCCCGCCGCAGUGCCGUCUCAUUGCCGGUGUAAAAAAGGGAAACCCUAGACGUCGGAGGUUCGCCAUCGUGUUUUCUCCCCCCAACCCAUCAUGUCGCCGCCGUUCGAAGACAAAAUCUUCACGUUGUCUUCAGUUUUCCCAACCACCCAGUACCGCCGCAGUGUCGCCGGAGUACCUUGAUAAAAAGAUUUCAACUAAUUUAAGCAUGUGGGAAAAACUCCCUCGCAAUGCCAUGGGGAAGGUAAAUAAAAAGGAGCUGAAGAAGCUGGUGGUUUCAGAACAGUGAACACCAUUUGAACUUUAUUCACUGGUUAAAGUUUAAUGUUUUGAAAUCAGCUUUUUAAGAUGGUGGAAAUC